AUGGAUCUCAAUGAGGCUAAGAACGCUCGCAAGGCCGCAAAGGCAGCACUGACGCGGCUGAUGACCAUCACCCGGGCCUUCAGGAACGCUGGAGACGUACAGGAAGUCGAGGACGUCCUCCCCAACCUGGGCGCAGCACUCGAGCGAGUGACAGAGGCCCACGAUGCCUAUGUGAAUCUAUUGGAACCUGGCGUGGCAUUCGACAGGGCUGUCGACUACCUACCGGGUGGUCCCGGGCCAAUUACCAAGACUUCAUUACGAGCAUUAACGCUUGAGCAACAACGACAGCGGCUAGAAAUAAGAGCGCUCAAGAUAGAGGCUAGGCGUAGAGAGCAGCUGAUACGCGAACAAGAGCUCGAACUGAAAGGCCUUCAGGAUGAGCUCGAGUCCGUACAGCGAAAGGCAGAGCUCACCAUUCAGACCGGCAACCUCAAGCAGACCCUGGAACGUAGGGAACCUGCUGGAGUUUACCACUCAACUCCCCAACCAACUCUUAGAACCCCAACUCUUAACCCGGUGGGCGCCACACCUGUCCCCAACUACCCGGAGACGCCGAGGUACACUAACGACAACCGGGGUCUCACACCCGCGGGAAUCGCUCGUGACACACUCUCGUCUGAGCAAUCAUCAUUCAUGCAGUUUGCUGAACAAUCAAGGUACCAAAGUCAGUCCCUAGUGGACAUGAUCCGCCUCCCCACCUCAAGGCCUCCUGUAUUUAGUGGGGAUCCGUUGAAGUACUGGCAAUUCGAACGUCACUUUAGCCAUGCGGUAGAUAAACCCACCGUGAGCAGCGGAGAUAAACUUCUCCGCCUGCUAGAGUUAACGACGGGCAAGGCCAACAGUGCCAUAGCGCACUUUAUCUACGAUAGUGACCACGACAAGGGGUUCGAGGAUGCUAAGAAGUGUCUUCGGGCCAAAUUCGGUAACAACCAUCACGUGUCCGAGGCUUGGAUCCAGAAGGUCCUCAACAAGCCUAAUGUCACCAACGACGACCAGCUGCAGGAGAUGGCGGACGACCUUCGUGCCUGCCUCCAGACCCUGACGGCCAUGAAAUCUCUAGACGAGCUUAGCGGUAGCAGGUGCCUGCUCAGCAUCGUGGAGAAACUUCCUCGUGACAUGAAAGGGAAGUGGCAGAAUCAGAACCUGCGUAUAACUGAGACUGGUAGGCGCCCUACAUUCCAGGAUGUGGUCGUCUUCAUUGAGAGGGAAGCAAAAAAGAGGGCUGACCCGGUCUUUGGCUCCCUCCUCAGCUCUAAGGAGAGGACGCUCGCUCCUGCUCCGAGGCCUAGCCCUAACAAAGCUAAACUUCGACAAAGACAGAACUUCAGCACAGGCGUCAAGGCGGCCUCAACUUCAACUCCCACCUCAACGACACUAUCAAGAAUGCCUCAGUGCCCACAGUGCACUGAGGACCAUUAUCUAAACAAGUGUCCGGGUUUCCGCAGCAUGACCGUGCCACUGCGCACAAAGUUUCUGACUGAUCACGACAGGUGCUUCAAUUGUCUGGGGCCUGGGCAUCACAGUCAGAAGUGCCAACGCCCUUGGGUGUGCAGUGCUGCCGGCUGCGGGAAGAAGCACAACACGUGGAUUCAUCCACCCGAGACUGCACCACCGACGCCUACACUGACUCCCACAUCUACUGCCAACCUUAGCGUGAAGGUUGGUUGUAACUCCACCGGUCCGAGGACUGGGAGGAUAUCCCUUCCCAUAGUACCUGUCGUCGCCAAGAGCGUCGACGGUAUGCGGUCCACCAUGGCGUACGCCUUGCUGGACAGUGGGUCGACUCACAGCUGGUGCUCCGAGGGACUGGCAGACACGCUCGGACUCCGACGAUCUGACGGCAUUAUUCGACUGACUACCAUCGACAAGAAGGAGGAGUCUGAGAAGGUCUCACUCGUCAACCUGCAGAUUGAAAACCUGUCAGGGGAAAAUCGCUACAAUAUGUACGAGGUGAUGAUCCGACCUUGUCUGAACGUUGGGUUGGAAUCUCUGGCCAUCAACGAGCAGCUCUCCAUGUGGGAGCACCUGAAGGACAUAUCCCUGCCUGAGAUAAACGUAUCUGAGGUGCAACUAUUGAUCGGGGGAGACCUGCCAGAUGUGGACAUCCCUGAAGAGGUGAUCCGUGGCAAGGAGGGCGAGCCGUUCGCCGUCCGCACGUCUCUCGGCUGGACCAUACGUGGUCCGGUUGGCCAAAGCGAUGGAGCACGACACGUCUCCUCGCACUGCCAGACGACGACUCGCGACGACCAACUACAACAGCAGGUGGAGAUGCUUUGGCGACAGGAUGAGCCAUUCAUCCCAACCGAGACGGCUAUGUCUGUAAAUGACCGGAAGGUGAUCUCCCUCUGGGAGGAUACCAUCUCUCAGAGCGGGUCACAUUACUCGAUGGGCAUACCGUUUAAGACACGACCACCUUACCUACCUGAUAGCCGACACAGGGCCGAGACCCGUCUUCACUCGUUGGCCAGGCGGCUCGCUAAGGAUCCGGUCCUGCGUACAAGGUACAUUGCCGGCAUCCGAGAUAGCAUCGACAAGGGGUAUGCCGAGCCCGUCCCGUCUGCUGAGGUGGACCGUAAGGACGGGUAUGUGUGGUAUCUCCCCCACCAUCCUGUGGUGAACCCGCGGAAACCGGACAAGGUCCGCCCAGUGUUCGACUGUGCGGCGAGGUGUCGAGGCACCUCACUAAACGAUCAAGUGCAUCAAGGACCUGACCUUAACAACAAGCUCAUUGGGGUGCUCCUGAGGUUCCGGGAGGAGCAUGUAGCGCUUAUGGCAGACAUUGAAGGAAUGUUUUACCAGGUCCGCGUUCACGCCGCUGACCGAGACGCCCUUCGGUUUCUGUGGUGGGAGGAGGACGACAUCGACAAGCCUCCAACCACCUACCGCAUGACCAGCCAUCUCUUCGGUGGUGUCUGGUCGCCUAGCUGUGCGAGCUUUGCACUGAGGCGUACAGCGCACGACAACAGCGACAAAUUUGACCCGGAAACUAUUGCGACCGCUGAGAAGAAUUUUUACGUCGACGACUGCCUGAAGUCUGUGGCUGACGAGGACGAACUGCCCUCUGAACGUGUUCUGGGUAACACGUGGAGAGUGGACUCGGACGAGUUCUCGUUUGAUGUUCACGUGCAGGAGAAGCCUAAUACUAAGAGGGGGCUCCUGAGCGUCACCAGCUCGGUGUACGAUCCCCUCGGAUUCGCCUCUCCCUUCGUCUUGAAUGCAAAGAGGCUGUUCCAGACGCUCUGCCGCUUAAAGAAGGAAGCCAGUCAUGAAUUCAACUGUCAACUGAAGAUCACGAGUCAUAACCGUCACCAGUGA